GUAAACUAAAAAAAGCUCUCAAAUAAAUAAUACAAAUUGCUGGCUACUUACUAGACCCGUCGGCCAUAAAUUUCUGCGAUUAAGAAUACAUAAAUUGGCAUAAAUAUGAUGAACACAUAUAUAUAAGAUGUAUACAAAGCUUUGAAUUAUUAAUUACUCAUGGCCAAAAUAACAUAGUUUUAGUUCUUGUCUGUUUGUCGAAAAUCAUGUAAACAAAAUCCAGAACUCUGUCAACUUCAAGAUGUUCAAGCAUCAACUUUCGUCUCGUAAUGUUCACUCGUAUCAAACAACAGUAGUACCUCGAAGCAAUCAACAAAUCCUGUCGGCUGCUGAACAAAGAGCUAAGUUUCCAUGGGCUGAUGAUAUAAACCCAUCAGUGUAUCAGGCCGGCACUGAUAGUUCAAUAUCAGAAAACGCAUAUCAAUUACCACAGUACUAUGUUGGUGGAAGGAAUGAUGAUCCUCCAUCCCCUGUAUACCAAUCCCCUUAUGGAGGAGGAACAUGGCGGAGUUACAGUAAAGCACAAAAAGUUCAUAUGCAAGACACAUAUUGUUUCCCACAGUGUUCUUCAGCGUUUUCAUUGCCAUUGUACAAUCCUGAACCCAAUGUUCCACCUUUGAGUAGGUCACCGGUACCUCCAAUACCAUCAGUAAGCCCUGAGGUGCCUAUCAUUGGAGCUUGUGGAGGUCAUUGUCCUGGCUUUGAAUAUGUUUGUUAUUAUAUUCUGCAGGUGAUAUUUGUAGUUGGUAUAUUGACUGGUAUUUCAUUGUGUAUUGCUGGUAUUGUAUUAAGACGAACAAACAGAAAUGGAGAUUUGGGAGUUUUAGUUUAUAUUGGAUGCCUCUCAUCGUGUGUUUGCUGUGUAUUACUAGGUGUACAGUGUUGCGUGCGUCGUGAAAUUAAGCAGCGAAAAUUCCGUGCAAAUGUGCAUAUUCCAAUGCAGGCGAUUAGAGAACCCCCACCAGUGUGUCCUUUAUUGACUUCUUCUCAACCUCAUAGCCAAAUUUAUAGGCCAACAACGAACAUAUGUCCGGAUGAAGACAUUACCGGUGUCCCGUGGUGGCGUCGUAAUAAUGAGACUGAUUAAUUUUAAGUUUAAGCUUUUGUAUUUAAAAACCUAUAUUGCAUUGAAUAUAUUAUUGAACUAUACAAUUUUGUAAAAUAAAAUAUUA